AUGUCCGCAUCCAUGAGACGUGAAACAUUCUCGUCCCGACAGACAAUGAUCAAGUUCUACAAGUUCCCCGUAACAACACAAGUGUUCCAUGUUAGUAAGUAUUCAUUUGCACUAGUGAAUCUAAAGCCGAUUGUUCCUGGACAUGUCCUGGUUGUACCAUUUCGACAAGUUCCAACACUAGAAGAACUACCGGAGAUUGAAAGUAUUGAUUUCUUCCAGACUGUUCUUCGGGUUGAGAAGUUUAUAAAGAAAGUAUACACUAGUGAUGCGUUGAACGUUGCAAUUCAGGAUGGCGUUGCCGCUGGCCAGAGUGUUCCUCAUGUUCAUUGUCAUUUGAUUCCGAGGUAUUUGAAAGAUGGAUGGGGGGACGGGAUAUACCAGGUUCUGGAGGAGAACGAGGGGCUGAUGAGGGGGAAAUGGUGGCUACAAGUGUGUGAGGCCAUGCAGGUUGCAAAGGAUGAGGAACGCAAGGAGAGAACAAUGGAGGUGAUGGAGAAGGAGGCGGAAUGGUUGAAGGGGAAGAUGAAAGAGUGGUUGUUGGAGAGUGGACAGUGGAAGAACGAGUACGACUGUUAG